GCUAAGUGGUGGAUCUGCCAAUUGUAAGAAUUCUCAUUACUCUGAGUGGAGGCCUAUAAAGAAACAACUUCACAGGAAGUUGAACAUGGAGGACCCUAAAAUGCCCAUAGGGCCUGCAGAAGGUGUACCAAGUAUACCAUCUUUUGAAGAUGUUGGAUUUCCCAAGAUACCUAAAGUUUUUGGUGAACCAGUGCAAGCCAUCAAGGUUUUCGAGGAGUACAAUAAAAUUGUCGUUACGGAUGAGAUACAGCAAAUGUUUAAUGAACGAAUGGACUUUACUAAGCCAGAUGUCCUCGAAAAAUUGCAGAGUGUUUGGCUACACGCAAGCUAUCUAGCACUGGAACGCUGUGGGUUCGAGCACUUGAAACCAAUGCUUGGACCUGGCAAGAUCUCAGACAUCCUCCCCUUAAUGUUCAUAGCAUACCAUGAUUGCCCAGAGGUGUUGAAAUUGGGGGCGUAUGUUCAGGAUCCUCUUGUCGGUAUACCGCCACCUAGCGUGAUUGAUAUUGGUAGUGAAAUGCCGAACCUCAAUCUGGUCUCCCUGGCCGGUAAGACCGUAGGUCUUUCUGAUCUCCAUAUCAACAAGGACAGGACGAUGAUGAUCAUGGCUUCGUCAGCUUCCUGACCUCCGCUUAGGGCCUGUGUAAUAGGUGGUACGCUUGCAGGUAUUGUUCGCGACUACCGAACCCAGGUCGAUUUCCUAGCCGUCUACCUCGCCGAAGCUCACGCCGAGGGAGUGUGGUCUCUGGGGAGCAAUGUCAGCUACAUGAAGCGUCACAAGUCUCUUCAAGAGAGGAUUGAUGCAGCUAAAGAUCUUCUCCAGAUAGAUGCCGAGACACACGACUGCAUGACUGAUGACGUCAGUGAUACUUCAAGGUUCCGCCUCGUCGUUGAUCAGAUGGACAACCUCUUCUCCAGGAUGUUCAAAGCGCACCCAGAUCGGGUGAUAUUUAUCCGUGAUGGGAAGAUCGUGUACUUCGGUAAAAACAUCAUGAAUCAGAUGCAGGAACCUUCACGCCUGAUGACCCACGAAGCACGUGAAUGGUUGGAAGCGAACGUUGGGCCAGCUUAGAAGCAGUAAUAUCAUUGUCGUACACACUUUAAACUCUAAUCAGGUCUUAGCUCCGAUUUAAUCGUCCUAUGAAC